GGUGCGCAUGCUCGCUGCGUCCCGGAGGGCGUCCGCGCCGGCUUCUCCCCACGUGUGGCGCGAGCCAGAGGGCAUCAUGUUGUGAGGACAUGGGGGCCGCGGUGACUCGCCUAAUAAGGAAUUUCAACCUGGAGAACCGUGCUGAACGGGAGAUCAGCAAGAUGAAGCCCUCGCGGGCCCCCAGGCACCCCUCGACCAAGAACCGCCUGCGGGAGCAGAUGAGUCGCCAUCCAGAAAUUGAGGGAGAAAUUUCUAGAAAAGAUGACAGACUGUUGUCCUUCCUAAAAGAUGUAUAUGUGGAUUCCAAAGAUCCGGCGCCUUCUGUGCAGGUGAAAGAUGCUGGAACUCCUCAAGAGCCAAAGGAAUUCAGGUUGCUAAAAGGCCAACACUUUGACACGAUGAAUAUGAACAUUCCCAGAGGCAAAAUUUCCAUUGAAGAGGCAUUGACACUUCUCAAUAAUCAUAAACUUUAUCCAGAAAAAUGUACUGCUGAGAAAAUAGCAGAAGAAUACCAUCUAGAACUGAAAGACGUAAAUUCCCUUCUCAAAUAUUUUGUUACCUUUGAAGUCAAAAUCUUUCCUCCUGUAGACAAGAAAGCAAUACAAUCAAAAUGAAGAAAAUCUUGGAAUUACUUUUACUAUAUAUACUCCCAUUCCCAUACCUUGUUUCUUAUUUUUAGCAUAUAUAAAUUAAUGUUUAAAGCUUCCUCUUUGUGAAAGCAUGCUAUUUAUUGAGCUCUGCUGAAUUGUUAGGAUGGCUGGUUGAAUGAAUUUUGUUUUUUUUUUUAAAUUUGGUUUAGGCAUAUAUUCAUAUGAAAUACCAGCAUGAUUAAUCACAUGUAUCAAUAUAUUACAAAUAAAAGAGUUCAUGCAUUA